AUGUUGAACCUCCAGGGCACUGUCAGGACCCUCUCUCCCUCUCCAGCCCCUGCUGAGACUCCACCGGCGGCCUCCGCAGCAGCACAGGAGACUGGAGCGGCCCCGGCCAAGGAGAACCUAGCGGACAUGGGGGCCGAGGAGGCACAGGCCCCUGCCUCCCCCCACCAGAAGUCCUGGCUGGUGCGGCACCUCUCGCUGUUGCUGCGGCGGGACAGGCAGGCCCAGAAGGCGGCGCAGCUCUUCUCAGGGCUCCUGGCCCUCAACGUGGUGUUCCUGGGAGGCGCCUUCAUCUGCAGCAUGAUCUUCAACAACGUGGCCAUCACGCUGGGUGACGUGUGGAUCCUGCUGGCCGUGCUGAAGGCCCUCGCCCUCCUCUGGCUCCUCUACUACGCGGUGGGCACCGCACGCCAGCUGCACGCCGUGCUUCACCAAGACCCUCACGCGGGACCCAUCUGGGUGCGGGGCUCCCUGCUGCUCUUUGGCGGCUGCACUGUCGGCCUCAACAUCUUCCGCGUGGGCUACGACGUGAUGCACACCCACUGCAAGUCGAAGCUAGAGGUCAUCUUCCCCUCCAUGGACAUCAUCUUCAUCGGCGUCCAGACCUGGGUGCUCUGGAAACACUGUAAGGACUGUAUCCAGGUCCAGACCAACUUCACUAGGUGUGGCUUGAUGCUGACCCUGGCCACAAACCUGCUGAUGUGGGUUUUGGCUGUCACCAAUGACUCCAUGCACCAUGAGAUCGAGGCGGAGCUCAAUGCCCUCUUGGAAAAGUUCUCAGGCAACGGCACCAACACCUGCCUGUGCCUCAACGCCGAGGUGUGCGAGGUCUUCCAAAAGGGCUACCUGAUGCUCUACCCCUUCGGCACCGAGUACUGCCUCCUCUGCUCCACGGUGCUCUUCGUCCUGUGGAAGAACGUGGGCCGCCGCCCGGCCCCCCACGCCAGCGCCCACCCGGGCUCGCGGCCCUUCCGCCUGCACGGGUCCAUCUUCGGGCUGCUGCUGGGCCUGCUGGCGCUGGUGGCGGGCGUGUGCGUCUUUGUGAUCUUCCAGAUUGAGGCGAGCGGCCCUGCCAUCGGGCGCCAGUACUUCCUCCUCUACUACGCCUUCUACGCGGCCCUGCUGCCCGCCAUGAGCCUGGCCUGCCUGGCGGGCACGGCCGUCCACGGGCUGGAGCAGCGCGAGCUGGACACGCUCAAGAACCCCACGCGCAGCAUGGACGUGGUGCUGCUCAUGGGGGCGGCGCUGGGCCAGACGGGCAUCGCCUACUUCUCCAUCGUGGCCAUCGUGGCCAUGCGCUCGGGCGAGCUGCUCAACCACCUGAUCCUGGCCUACUCCGUCCUGCUCAUCCUGCAGCACAUCGCCCAGAACCUCUUCAUCAUCGAGGGCCUGCACCGGCGCCCCGUCUGGGAGGCGCUGUGGAUGAUGCCUGCGUUUGGCAUCCACCCCGAGUUUGAGAAUGGACUGGAGAAGGAUUUCUAUGGCUACCAGACAUGGUUCACCAUCGUCAACUUCGGCCUGCCUCUGGGCGUCUUCUACCGCAUGCACUCUGUGGGGGGGCUGGUGGAGGUCUACUUGGGGGCCUGA